AUGUCACACGUUGAGGCUAUUCAGUCGCUGCGGGUUUCCCAGGGUAUCUUCACGGUUGUUAAUCUUGCACUUGCAAGCUAUCCUCAAGUCGCCAUCUCUCUCUUCGCAGCCUGCGUAUCCACCAUCGGCGUAUGCUGUGCGCCUGUCCAGGGAACCACCCUAUGGCGAUCACCCAAACUCUUCUUCGCCUUCGGCAUUGACUGGCUCGUUGCAUUCGUCAACCUAGCCGCUCUUAUUGCCUUGGCAGUACUCACAACAAAGUCAAAGUACUGCGAUGCCAGCACAUGCACCAUAGUCAAAGUCAACGCUGCCUUCACCGGCUUCAACUUUGUUAACUGGGCAGCUACAGCGACGUUUCUGGGCAUGCAGUUGUCGAAGCCGGUCAAGUGUGUGUAUCAAGUUGUGCCGACGACUGAGAAGGGUAGUUUUGUGUGA